GAAACUACACUUUGAAAAUGAGUGGAUAGUAUAUUUUAUAAGUGCAUAGUAUAUUUUAUAAGUGCAUAGUGUGUCGUUUGGGCCUCAGCUCGUAUGUUCUGAGUCCACUGGGGUGGGUGGUUGCAGAUCCCGUAGCCCCGCCCACCGCCAGCUGCCAGGGAGCGACUGCAAACGUAGUGGUGCUGCUGUUUACUCAGCGUGUCAAAUUUCCCACAGCCAAAUUCUCCCUCAUUAUGGGGGACAAGGCGGGUACCCGGGUAUUCAAGAAGUCCAGUCCAAACUGCAAGGUUACAGUAUACCUGGGAAAAAGAGAUUUUGUGGAUCACCUAGAUCACGUGGACCCUGUUGAUGGUGUGAUCCUGGUUGACCCUGAAUAUCUCAAAGAUAGAAAAGUGUUUGUCACUCUAACCUGUGCGUUUCGGUAUGGCCGCGAGGACCUUGAUGUUCUAGGGCUUUCCUUCCGAAAAGAUCUAUACAUCUCUACUUUUCAAGCCUUUCCCCCCAUUCCAGAGGAAUCCAAGGCCAGCAGUCAUCUGCAGGAGAGACUUUUGAAGAAACUAGGCCAGCAUGCUUAUCCUUUCCAUUUCACUAUCCCACAAAACUUGCCAUGUUCAGUCACCUUGCAACCCGGGCCUGAGGACGCAGGAAAGGCCUGUGGGGUGGAUUUUGAAGUCAAGGCUUUCUGUGCCAAAUCGAUGGAAGAUAAGGAUCACAAAAGGAAUUCAGUACAGCUGGUUAUACGUAAGGUCCAGUACGCCCCUGAAAAACCUGGCCCGCAACCGAUGGUGGAGACUACGAGGAGUUUCCUAAUGUCAGAUCGCUCUCUACACCUGGAAGCUUCACUAGAUAAAGAGCUGUAUUACCAUGGAGAACCCAUCAGUGUUAAUGUCCACGUCACCAAUAACUCAACCAAGACUGUCAAAAGGGUUAAAAUAUCAGUACGACAGUGUGCUGAUAUCUGUCUCUUCAGCACAGCGCAGUAUACAUGUCCAGUGGCUCAAAUAGAGGCAGAUGAUCAGGUGGCAUCCAGCUCAACAUUUUGUAAAGUGUACACACUCACGCCCACCCUCAACAACAAUCGGGAGAAGAGAGGCCUAGCACUGGACGGAAAACUCAAACACGAGGACACCAACCUAGCGUCCAGCACAAUUGUGAAGGAUGUGAGUAAUAAGGAGGUUCUGGGAGUCCUGGUGUCAUAUCGGGUCAAAGUCAAGCUGGUGGUCUCCCGCGGAGGGCUUUUAAGCAGCUUGCUGGAGAGAGACGUCUCAGUGGAACUGCCAUUUGUCUUGAUGCAUCCAAAACCCACAGACUCCACCCUUUCCCAUUCAACCUCAGCUACUCUAAUGUUGGAUCCACCGAUUGACACUAACUUGAUAGAGUUUGACACAAAUUUAACACCAGAAGAUGACAUUGUAUUUGAGGACUUUGCCCGCUUGCGGUUAAAAGGAGUAAUCGACAAGGAGGAGGACUGCUGAACUUGCCCUGUGCCCUUUUUAAUAUCUAAUUCAGAAAGAACAGAAGCUCUUCACAUCUUAAUAGACAUCACAUGAUGCGCAGAAUCAAUUGUCUCUCUAUGGGCACAACAAUUAAAUAAUUCUUCUCAUCUCAUUGAGCUUGUCACAGUAUUUGGACAUUUUGUGGAAAAGUGGAGAAGUAAGCUAAUCAUAGAGGAGAUCCCAGGGAAUUACAUUCAUUUUUGCAUAUUCAUAUGGUAACAUUCUCUCAUAUUGUGCCAACUGUUAUGUUAAAGGGAUAGUUCACCCAAAAAUGAAAAUUCAUCAUUUACUCAUUCUCAUCAUUUAGUCACUCCGAUUUGACUGUCUUUAUUCCAUGGAACACAAAAGGAGAUGUUAGGCAGAAUGUUAGCCACAGUCACCAUUCACUGCAUCUUUUUUCCAUACACUAAACGUGGGUGGUGACUUAGACUGUCAUUCUGCCUAGCAUCUUGUUCUGUGAAUGAAAGAAAGUCCUACGGGUUUAAACCAACAUGAGGGUGAUUAAAUGAUAACAGAAUUUUCAAUUUUGGGUGAACUAGCCUUUUAAGAAAUACAAGCUGAAUUUCAAUUUUUAAGAGCCUCUGUAUUUAUUACUUUACAAAGACAGUCAUGCUUUUCCUGUGAUUUCUGUAAAGUAGCCCCCUGUGCAUUACAGUUAUGGACGGUUUCAGUGACAUGGGCUGUGCAUGUUUCUCAGUGCUACUGUUAGGAUAAUAUGUGACUGAACACAUACUGUUCAUAUAGGUUGUAAAUAUAUGAAAGUGCUGCUUUUGAUCUGUUCAUUUUAUCUUUUAAAGCUGAAUUUUUAUUUAAUUUUUAAAAUAAAAACAAAGAAAAAUAA